AUGUCGUAUCAGAACCUCCGGUUAUAUUUUAACGUUGUAUCCAAGUGCAUAGACUAUUGUAAUGUCAUUUUGGCACUACCAUCACACUCAAGUGGAGGUAGGAGUCUAACCACUUUUAUAUUGCAAUCAAAUUUUGGCUUACUAGGAGGUUAUGUAAACAUGGUUGCUGCGCAGGAGGCAACUUAUUACAUCAUUGGUCACAGCAAGAAGAGAUGCAAAGGAGCAAUCAAUUGGGAAAUGGAUUUGUCUGCUAGUGGUGAGUGUGAGAAUACAGGGUCUCUGGGAGGUGAUACGGCUAAAAUAUGGAAUAAUGGUGGAGCUCAGUUCUUGCAAUUAAACACAUGGCAACGCCACGAUUUCCGUAAAGAUAGUGUUUGUAAUUACGCAAUACCUAAUAAUGGUAGGGGAGUAUGUUCUGAAGAUGGAGUAUUAUCAUACGAAGAUAUAGGGACGAAAUAG